UUUGGCCAGGCAGUGACAACAAGUAAUGUCGCGAAAAAUAAUUUGUGACGCUCACUCUCACAUUCAAUGAUUACCGCCUAUAAUAUAUAUAUAUACAUAUAUAGUAUAGACUUUAGACAGUUUAGAUGGAGACUAUAUAUAUUUACUUUAUAAUCUAGAUCUAAAAUGAAUAGUUGUCAUUCUAGAUCUAGAUAUAAAUCUUUAUACUCAUCAUGUGUAACUUUAUUUAUAAUUUCCAUCUGCACAUCAUCAGAUGCGGUCUUUGAGUGGUUUUUCGAUAAUCAUAAUGAUAAUCAACUAAUAAAUCAAGAUACUGUUGAUUAUAAUAACAAUAUGAAUAUUAAUGAAAAAAAUCGUGCGUCAAAAGAAAAAGACAGCGACAUUGGCGACAAAGACAUCAAUAUCGAGCAUGCUAAUAUUCGAUUUGAAAUUCUAUCAUCAGAAGAGAAAUUUGUAAACAGUGCACUUUCACUAACUGAUUUGUCACCUCUUGAUGCUUGUUAUAACAUUAUAAUUUAUAAUUUAAAGAAAAAAUGUGGAGACCUAACUGAAGAGGAAUUGGGAAAGCUUUCAGUACAGCUGCUAAACUGUCAGUUAGAGGUUGAAGAAAGGCCUGUUUUUCCAUGUACCAGUUCUAUGAGUUUAGCUGAUUGUACAAAAUCUAUGGAUGGAACAAGCUGGAAUAGUUAUCAAAUAGUUGGAAAUAGAGCUCGAGCAAUGUGUUAUGCUACUCAGCAAGUUCAGUUUCGUAGACUUACUGAACUAACAGUCAGCCAACUGGUUUCUGCAACAAUGGAUCAAAUAAAAUCAUUAAAUGAUUUAAAGUUAGGACAAGAACAACUUCAUUCAAUAACAGCUGAAACAGUUCGUAAAUUAUAUGAAAGUCACCAGGAUUUACUUACAACACAAAUUGCGCUCAAAGAAGCUCAUGAGGAUGUAUUUAAACAUAUAGCUGCAAAUGUGAAAGAGAUUUUACAAGAAAAAGCUUUGAUUGCAUCUGGAAAUAGAGAACUAGUUGGAAUGACUGAAAUUAUCAAAAGAAAACUAGAUGUAAUGGUACAACAAGUUCAAGAAAGAGAAGAAACCUAUCAUAAGCAUCAUGAACAAAUUCUCAUUGAUUUGAAAAAUAUACAAGACAGCAUAGAAAAUGUUCAAAAUUUAGAUACCAAACUUCAAAAGUUGUUACAGAAGUAUGAAAAACUAGAUUUUCUGUAUGAAGAAAUGUAUAAACAUCUAGACAAAAUGAAUACUACCGUCAACCAUGUUUUGAUAUCUGUAUCAAAACUUACUCAGCAUUUUGAAGACAAAAUGGCAUGGCUCUUUCAAUUUUUAGGAGUAACUGAUAACAAAUUGUCUACUGUGUCCUGCUGCCUUCUUCAUAUAGCUUAUUUUUUUCUUUUUGCUGUGAUAGCAACACUACUUGAAAUAGCUGUUUCUGUUCGUCUUUUAAUGUUGGUGGUAAUUGUUGGAAAUAUUGCUGCUGAGUUAAAUUAUAAUUAUAGUAUGGACUUUGCUGGAUUGACUGUGUUUUUACUAGCAUUAUAUUUUGGAUUUCAAUUUGUGAAUUCCUUAAGUCUUAAAUUUUGUUCAUCACUUACAAGAGCAAGGACAUCAUUAAGGAGAUUUUCUCAGCCUCUCACCACUCAAGAGAUAAACACUAUGGUUUAUAACAUUCAAAGAUUUAUAGAAACAUUACCUGACAUUCAAAAUGCUAAUUCAAGUUUUCAUCCUCCAACACCUCCAAGAAGUCAGAUUAUAAUGUCUGAAAGAAUGGAAACUAGUUCACCAGCUAGAAGUGAAGAUAUUACCUUAAAUAAUAGUGCACUUGAGAAUGUUAUUCCUAUGCGACAAAGAUUAACUGAUCAACUAGGGUCAAGAGCUUCAAGAUCUUCAACACCAUUAGCCACUCAGUCGAGAUCCUCUACUCCAUCAUCAAGGUGUCUAGCCAUGACUCACUCUGGUACUCAAUGUCGCAAUUACCCUUCCAGUGACUCUGAUUUUUGUUAUUUACAUAAUCAUAGCUAAUUUUAUGGAAUAAUAAUUUUUUUGAUGAAUAAGCCUGUCUAAUAAAAAUGUAUUUCAUAUUUAAA